UUAUCUACAUUAUUUACACAAUGGGCCCCACGUGAUUGGCUAAUUCCGGGAUUCUCCUGUAGCCCAAUUAGGUUGCGGAUUCCCUUCCACCUGGAGCUGGAUUGGGUGUCUCCUGUGGACCAAUCAGACUGCUGCAUUCUGGAUCCUAUUGUUCUAGGACCAAUCAGACUGCAGCAUUCUGGAUCCUAUUGUUCUAGGACCAAGCAGACUGCUGCAUUCUGAAUCCUAUUGUUCUAGGACCAACCAGACUGCUGCAUUCUGGAUCCUAUUGUUCUAGGACCAAUCAGACUGCUGCAUUCUGAAUCCUAUUGUUCUAGGACCAACCAGACUGCUGCAUUCUGAAUCCUAUUGUUCUAGGACCAACCAGACUGCUGCAUUCUGAAUCCUAUUGUUCUAGGACCAACCAGACUGCUGCAUUCUGAAUCCUAUUGUUCUAGGACCAAUCAGACUGCUGCAUUCUGAAUCCUAUUGUUCUAGGACCAAUCAGACUGCUGCCUUUUGGAUCCUAUUCAACUCAGUACAUAACAUCAACUAUCACACCCAAGGAAUACAGAGAGGUGAAUCAUGAACUAAACAACUCUGUAGAUGGCUUGUGAAAAUUCGUUCACAAUAAUGUAGGACAUUUCAACUCCUAAUACAUGGAAUCUUAAAUAAUAUGUACAAUGCAAAAAUUUCAAUAACAAUGACAGACGCAGCUCACGAUUUUGAAGCCAAACAGUCCAGGUAUUCCCGAAAUAAGUCCGUGAGAAUGACUAUGUAUACUUGUGCUGGUGCGAUCCCAGCGGAACUCCAAUGACGAGAGACCCAGAUUUCAAUCCCUGUUUCAUGAUUCUCCUUCUGGUCGGCCCAAAAAGGGACUCUAAAUGAUGCCUGACUUGCUUAUAAGAAGUUAUUCAUUAUAUAGUAGUUCCUUGAGAUGCAUUGUGGGGAAUGUAUGUGGGAGAACAACAGCAUGAACCAGAAUGAAUGUAGCCUUUGGUGGGGCCAGGACAAGUUCCCUGUGCUGGGGCUAAGCCAUGGGACAGGUGCAGUCCCUUUGAGCAUGUGCAGAGUGCAUGUUACGAAGCGCCAUUAGCCAUCCUCCAUACAGUUAGCAUUAGAAGAAAUACCUGUAUUCUCCAGACUGAAUUCCAGGCAGACUUGGUGAACAGGGAAAGUGGUGUCUAAGCCGGGGCUUUCCUGGGGGAACCCAGAAUGGAGAGAGAUUUACACCCCCUACAUUUAGGGUGUCUUCUCUUUUCGGACAGGUGCUUGCUGCUAGAAGGACUGAAGAUGUGAAUCUCUGAGCCAGACUCCCAAGUUCUGAUCUGCAGAGACCAAAAUCGUGUGCAAUGCCUUCUGAUGGGCCAAGCAUGGGUGGCAGAAGAUUCAAGUUUUCACUUCACUUUGGAAUAGUCAUCAACCUUCUCUUUGGAACUGGACCCACAGCACAGAAUUCUCCCCCUACCUAUGUGAAUGAGCUCCAGGGAAGAUCGGUUUUGCUUCCUAUAAACAUUCCCCCAGGAGAAACAGUAGCCAAAAUCAAAUUGGAUUUCCAGUCCCGGACGGGUGAGAUCAACCACCUUGCUGAAAUAAGCAAUGGAAGGUUGGAAUAUACCAGUGUCUGGUUGGGGCAGCGGCUCAUGAUGGUCAAUGAGACCACCCUGAAUAUCAGCCACCUGCAAAUGGAAGACAGUGGAGUCUACAAGGUUCAUGUGAGGUUUAAUGGAACUUCAUGGUAUCCAACGUACUACUUCAACGUCACCGUCUCUGCUCCAGUGCCAAAGCCGCAGAUCACUCGGCUAGACAUCUCCAAGACUUCAGAGGGCUUCAACGUGACCCUGCAGUGUCUGGCACCUGGAGAGGAAAAGAUUGACAUCUCCUGGGGAAGAGGGGACCCCGUCAGCCCCUUGGAAGAAAGCUCAGAUAGGCACUGCCUCUCUGGCAAUGACACUGUUCUAGAGUUGUUCUGGCAAACCUGUUCCACAAACUCCACCAUCAUCACCUGCCAAGCCAGCAAUGCUGUCGAUCAGAAGAAUGCCUCGUAUGACUUGAGCAGCAUCCCCGAGUGUGAAGGUGUGUGCCUUCUUUCCCCCAUUAUGCACUGCUUGCAAAAACCUUUGUUUCCCUGAGCCUUUGAGGCAGUAGCAGUGGAUGCAAAAUGUACUAUCAAUCAGGCUGAGAAUUUUUCCACCCUGGUUUUUAAAUAUUUGAGUGUUUCGA